GCUUCGUCUUUCAUUACCCUUCAGCAGACGCGUUCUCGUGUGCUGUGCCUCUCGACUGCUCUUACUCUGAUACCUCCAUAUGCUACUGAAUGCCUCGUAAUCAUGGGUUUGGCUCGAAACCUCGCAGUAAGGCUCAGAAGGCCAUCUUUCAGCAGAUCCAGCCCCUCGGCACUCAGCUAGCAGCUGCUGGCUACCAUUCUCGUGAGCACCAUCGUACAUCACUGCGCACUCAUUCACAUAGUAAAGGCUGCAAUGGGGCAUGUCUUGUAGCGGCGCAGCCACCAUAUUUCGCGGACCGGGAGUCACCAGUGCCGUCUUCGUCUGGCGCCGUGGUGCCGACAAAACUUGGUCUCGAAGCAGCAUUCGAAGAAUUGCGCAGGAAGAUUUGGAACCUCGGGAGACAGAUUGAGAGGGCUAGAAAAGGAAGGGAUAAGCUCCAGGCAAAAGUCGUCCAAUUGAAGGCAGCGCUAAAACUGGGUAGGGUUACCCGGGCUGAAGAGCUGAAGCGCAAAGCCAGGGAGGAGGAGGCCGAUCGUGAACGGAAGAAAGCCAAGCAUGAUGAGUACCAUACCAAGGUCGAUUCCAUCGACGUUCAACUUAUGCCGGGAUACUGGGAAAGUGCUGAUAAUGCCAAGAGUAUUACUCUUGAUAGGAUACGGCUUCAGCUUGCUUGGCUUCGCGCAAGGAAAGUCCACGUUCCGGCUGGUCUUUCUUCUGCGAAGAAGGCUGAUGCACUCAAGGGACUGAUCGACAUCCUUAGCGGUCUGCCUCCGGAAACCGCACGGGAACUCAACCUCAUAUGA